AUGAUGAUCCAAUCAAAAUCAUGAGGCAUUGCAACUUGAUCUUUGCCCCAACCAUACAAGACCAACAUUGGUUUUGUUAUGUACUUGAUAAGAUCAAAAAGAAGUUGUUCGUGCUAAACUCUUUGUAUAGUGAAAGAAAUGAAGAGGAAAAGCAGUUGGAUCUUUUUAUGAAGAGGAACUUCGAGAACUUGCUGCAUUUCAUGGAUGAAUGCCAAACAUUAGAGCUCGUUUACGAGGACUUGCCGCAACAAAAAAAUAUCCAUGACUAUGGAAUAUAUGUUUUAAAGUAUUUGGAGAUGUGGGAUGAUGACAGGAAAUGGGGUGACAGAACCAUGCCUGAUUUCACAUUGGACGAAAUUCUACAUUUUCGUCGACAAUUUGUUUGUGAAUGGGUGUUGCAUCCUCAAAAUCUCGAGUUGAAACAUGUACGAGUAGAAGCAAGUCUCCCGGAUGACUUCUCAAUAGAUUCGCUUCAGUCUUGAUUGGGUAACUCAUCUA